UAAGGUCGUAAGGGGGCACUGCAGCAACAACUUUGGUAAACAGAAACACUGCCGUGCUUUCCGGUUUGCUUUAUUUAAUCACAGAAAAUGGGGGAAGCAGAAGCUAUUCCUGCCGAUGAAAAACAAGCGGAUUCCGGCUCCAGUCCAAUUGAAGAGUCGGUGAUUUGGAGUCAGGAGGUAGAGGUGUGCCUGUUUCAUGCCAUGCUAGGCCACAAACCCGUAGGUGUAAAUCGUCAUUUCCACAUGAUCUGCAUUCGGGAUAAAUUCAGCCAGAAUAUUGGGCGCCAGGUGCCGUCUAAAGUCAUCUGGGAUCAUUUGGCGACAAUGUAUGACAUGCAGGCGCUGCAUGAAUCAGAAAUCUUGCCUUUCCCCAACUCUGAGAAAAGUUUUGUUCUUCCAGAUGAUAUCAUUCAGGAAGUAAAAGAAGGAAAAGUUGGAAUUGAAGAAGAAACUAGAGAGGAGAUCAAAGAAGAAGUGGAGCAGCCAGCAUUAGUAGAAGAAGGUAUUUCAUAUUCUCAAGGUGUCUGUGUCCCACAUUGGCUGGCCAGGAGGUUGAGAGGGAGCAACUGCUCUGUGAAACUGGCAGAAAAGGCCAGCAGCAAAGAAAAGGAGAAAGACAGAGAGAAGGGCUCAAGUGAGAAUGCAGCGAAGGAGGCUGCAGACAAGCGGAAGCGGAACCGAGUGACUGAGAAAGUGUUGAACGCAAACAGUAACCCCUCCAGCCCGAGCGGGGCCAAGCGGCGCAGGACGUAACAUGAACGCCACCAAACAGCAGCCGCAGAAGAGAGCCACGCUUCUUGAAAAAGGGGGGCGUGAAAUAACACAGGAGGGAAACUGGAUACCUUUCCAAUAUCUAAUCUGAAGCCGAGGAUCUGAUUGCUUGUUUGUAGAAGUUACCUAAGAUCUAUCCACGUAGCUCCAUUGUGUAGCUGGAUAAUGUCAGACUGUUCCAAGGCUUCUGAUAGGUCUGAGUGUAACUGGUCCACCUGUUUUGUAUUAUCUGAAACCACCUUUUUGUUUAUUUCAUUUCCUAAUGCCUCUACUUGAUCUCCCCAGUAGUAAGUAAACUGGAAUUAAGAAUCUACUCAGACAGUGUGGUCACCCUGUGCACUACCCUUCGUUGAAGAUAAUGCAGCUCUGAAUUAUAAAUAAAACUUUCGUUUAACUAAACACACUGUAAAUUUCACAUACUGGGUCUGUACAGUGCAGUGGGAGUCUUAUUUCAAUCUCUGUAACAACAGCAAAACCGCAACUAAACAAAAUAUAACGAGGAAGACGGUACAAUACAAAAUUGCCUCUGUUAUUUAAUACUGCAUAAGAUACAGAUGUUUAUAACCAUUUUAAGCUGUAUUAUUACAAGAUGAUGCAUUCUUUCAGUGUGAUAAUGUUUUUUUUUUUUUU